AUGCGCUCCGUCGGCGGCUCGUUCCAUCUGCUGCAGCCCAUCGUCGCCGCACCGCUCCUGCUCCUCGUGCUCGUGCUCUCCGUCUGCCUCUUCUUCGCCGCCGAGCAGUGUGAGUGCAUCUUGAUUUCCGCCGAUUUUUUUUUGUUCGGUUUGCAGUUGGACGACGUGCGGAUGACACUUCACGCGAUGUGCUCUUCUCCAGGGCCAAGUACUCGGGCGUGCCAGUGCGUCAUUCUCGAUGGCGACGCGACGCCGGCGUGCACACUGUCGAGGCGCCACACUGUGGCGACACGACGCCACGUGGCAAACGUGACGACGGCGGCCGACGGUUGCUGCGCGGAGUGGCGCGUGAUUGUGGACACGCGUGCCACUUGCGGCUGCGAUCCGACGACGCCGUCUACGUCGUCCAUUUGCGUCGAUGGAACCAGAUUGCCGACUCGCACAACAAGUAGGGCUUUUUAGGCUUCUUAAAUUUUCGAAUUCCACAGGUACAUCACGCUAGACUCUAAGAGAAACGUUAUGUUCGCGCCAAAAAGAAAAGCAUUGCGCGCGCACGGCGACCAAAAGUCUAGAAAGGGGCGUGGCCUAAUCUGAGACGCGUUAUCCAGCACUUUUCCGAUGAUUUUGUGUUUGAUAUCGACGAAAGAAAAGAUAUUAAAGAGAGAAAACAUUGAAAUUUUCGUGAAAACGCCGCGUUUGACACGUUUUUGGCAUAUUUCGCAAUACGCUCUCCGCCGCAAUUUCGGAAUUGUAAUACCGGCCGAUCUGGAUCGGUUUUGAGACGAAAUGAGUGUCGGAAGUGAUUAAGCACGUUAAUACAUGUAUUUUAAGCGUUGAAACGGCAAAACGUAUCGGCGAAUGACUGAAAUUCGCGCAUUUUCAGCACAAAACUAGAAAUCGAUUCAAUUGAUUGAAUUUCUGAAUGAAACCUGCUCGUUUUAAGCUCAAAAAGUGCACGCGAUGAUUAGGUUAACAAAGUUUUGCAAUUACAUCGUCGAAAUCGUCCAAAAUUUGGGUAAUCUUUGACGAAAAACCAUGAAAAAUGGGGUAAAGUUUCGAAUUUCGCGCCAAAAUGGUGUCAAAACCGUGCACGCGCUAGGCCACGCCCCUUUCUACGUUUUUGGUCGGCGUGUCGAGCGUCUAUGAUGCUUUUCCGUUUUUAGAGAGUCUCAAACGACUGUUUUUUUCUUGGCGCAAUCGAGAUUUGAGCCAGCAGACGGUUGGCGUGAAACUUGAUUUGAGAACUUAUUAAUCUAGCUAGACAAUUUAUUAAUCUUAUCAGGCCGCCGUUAAAUUAAUAGCAAAAUGUCAUUGAUGGGUGUCAAUUCCAGAAGCGUUGCCCACUUUGCCAACUCGAACUACUCGCCGAUGGUCCUCUAUCUGGACUCGGAGGCGGAGGUGCGUGGCGGAAUGGCGCGCGCGGAGCCGGACUGCAUCUACCGCGCGCACGUCAAGGGCGUCGAGCAGCACUCGAUCGUCAAUCUGUGCGACUCGGACGACGGACUCUACGGAAUGCUCGCCCUGCCGUCGGGCAUUCACACCGUCGAGCCGAUUGUCAGCGGAAGCGGGACGGGUGCGUGACGACGGGCGGUCCCUACUGGUUCAACCGAUAAUCUCGUUUUUAGACGACGGCGCCGACCGACAUCGUCAGCACCUCGUCCGAAAGUUCGAUCCGAUGCACUUCAAAGCCUUCGACGACAUCAACUCGACGGCGGUCCUCAACGCCUCGUCGCCGACGGUUGCCACGUGGCAAGACAAGUGGGAGGACGUUAAUGGUACGUCUCUGGCGCUCGAGUGUCUCGUUUGAGGGGGCCAGGAAUGAAUGUACGUGUAAAGGUCAGGGAACUGUUUGAGAGUGUGGUGGCGCGCCGCCGCCGCGCAGUUGUUUGCCUACGCGCGCGGGCGCCGAGACCGAGAGACGACGCAACUUUUUGAGUGGGUCGAUGAAAAAAUGAUGAUAAACUCUGGAGGUAGACAAUCAAAUUGAUCUUUGUUCCGGCAAUUUGCAAUUACACUAGUUUGUGCAAGUUUUUGUGACGAAAAUCGAGUUUUGCAUGAGAUUUCGGCGGCGCAGACACCAAUCAUGACAUAAUUUACUGAAAAAAGCUACUAAAACUAUGUCUGAACGCGAUUUUCACACUGAAAUCGGCAUAGGAACGUUGGUUUUCAAUCCAGCUUGCUCUUCCACAUUUCCCGCAUCGUUUAGCGAGCUAUUGCCGAUUUCCUGAAGGCGCCCGAAAAACCUAUAGUUUGUGUGUGUUAGUGCCGUAUAAUGGGCUAUUACACUGACACGUUUCGGCUGGCAUCGGGGUCUGAGACGUCUGAGCGGUAUUUCGAGGGUGGCAGUGUGUUGAGGAGGUGAUGGCGAUGGAUUUGAUAUACAUAAUGCGCUAGUUUGGCGGAACUUUAUAUUUCCGUACAUCGGGGGUACUUGCUCCGCGAGCACAUUGAGUCAAAAAACGGUGUGCGAAGAAAUAGGGGCAUGAUGGGUGUCAAAACGUUCGUAAACUUCUGGAGAAUCCGAAAAUCAUGGCCAAAACAUGAUCUAAACGUUUUGUUUGUUUUUUGCAGCUAGAAAAGCGCGUUCGCGUCGAGCGGCCAACUCUUGGGACCACUACGUGGAGGUGCUCGUCGUGGCGGACACGAAAAUGUACGAGUACCACGGCCACUCGCUGGAGGACUACGUGCUCACGCUGUUCUCGACGGUCGCCUCCAUCUACCGGCAUCAGUCGUUGCGCGCCUCGAUCAACGUCGUCGUCGUCAAGUUGAUCGUGCUGAAGACGGAGAACGCGGGCCCACGCAUCACCCAAAACGCCCAACAAACGCUUCAGGACUUUUGCCGAUGGCAACAAUACUACAACGAUCCGGACGAUUCGAGUGUGCAGCAUCACGACGUGGCGAUUCUGCUCACGCGCAAGGACAUUUGCAGAUCGCAGGGCAAGUGUGACACUUUGGGGCUCGCCGAGCUCGGCACCAUGUGCGACAUGCAGAAGAGUUGCGCGAUCAUCGAGGACAACGGUCUGUCGGCGGCGUUCACGAUCGCCCACGAGCUCGGGCACGUCUUCUCGAUUCCGCACGACGACGAACGAAAGUGCUCGAGCUACAUGCCCGUCAAUAAGGUAGGCGUAUAUAGUGUGCGCGGGCGGGCGACGUGUACGAUUCAACACGUUCCAGAACAAUUUCCACAUCAUGGCGCCGACGCUCGAGUACAACACGCAUCCGUGGAGUUGGUCGCCGUGCUCCGCCGGAAUGCUCGAACGAUUCCUCGAGUAUAGCAUCAGCAGACAUCGUCUAAACUCGAUCUUUGUUGUCUUUGCAGAAACAAUCGAGGACAAAUUCAAUGUCUGUUCGAUCAGCCGGUCGAACGUCGCUACUAUGAGGAUGUGUUUGUGCGCGAUGAGCCCGGCAAAAAGUACGACGCUCAUCAGCAGUGCAAAUUCGUUUUCGGACCCGCUUCCGAGUUGUGCCCUUAUAUGGUCAGCAGGACACGCCCCACUUUUUCUUUAAAAUAAACGUUGUUUGUAGCCGACAUGUCGCCGUCUUUGGUGUGCAACAUUCUACGGAAGCCAGAUGGGCUGUCGAACUCAGCAUAUGCCGUGGGCCGACGGAACGCCGUGCGACGAGUCGAGGAGCAUGGUGAGCAGUGUAGACGUUUAGUCAUUGUGGAGAAAAACGCCCCCGAUCUUUCAGUUUUGCCAUCACGGAGCAUGCGUACGGCUCGCGCCCGAAUCGCUCACCAAAAUCGACGGUCAGUGGGGCGAGUGGCGCACGUGGGGCGAAUGCAGUCGAACGUGCGGCGGAGGAGUUCAGAAGGCGUUGCGCGAUUGCGACAAUCCCAAGUGAGUUUUUUUCCGUUUUCCUUCUUAGCCACGCGUCUUUUGCCGCUUCAACUCUACGCGCGCGCGCGCCACGGCGACCAAAAGUCUAGAAAGGGUCUGAGGCGCGUUUCCUGAAAAUUGCCGCAAUUCCAGCACACUUUCCCGAUGAUUUUGUGUUUGAUAUCGACGAAAGAAGAGACAUUAAAGAGAGAAAACAUUGAAAUUUUCGUGAAAAUGCCGCGUUUGAGACGUUAUUGGCAUAUUUCGCAAUACGCCCUCGGCGCCGCAGUUUCGGAAUUUUCAUACCGGCCGAUCUGGAUAGUUUUGAGACGAAAUGAGUGUCGGAAGUGAUUAAGCACGUUAAUACAAGUAUUUUAAGCGUUCAAACGGCAAAAAAUAUCGGCGAAUGACUGAAAUUCGCGCAUUUUCAGCACAAAACUUAAAAUCGAUUGAAUUGAUUCAUUUCUGAAUGAAACCUGCUCGUUUUAAGCUCAAAAAGUGCGCGAUGAUAAGUUUAUUAACAAAGUUAUGCAAUUAAAUCGUCGAAAUCGUCCAAGAUUUGUGUAAUUUUUGACGAAAAACAUGAAAAAUGGGGUUAAAUUUCGAAUUUCGCGCCAAAAUGGUGUCAAAACCGUGCACGCGCUAGGCCACGCCCCUUUCUACGUUUUUGGUCGGCGUGUCGAGCGUCUAUGAUGCUUUUCCGUUUCUAGAGAGUCUCAAACAUUUGAAACUGCGUGAAAUUUUUUUUUCAAAAUCGACAUUUUACGCAAGUUUGGCGUGCAAAAUGUCUUGACAGUUAUUUGAGUUAGAAGUAGUCUAGCUAGCUUCAAACUGGUUUGUACGGUACUGAGUGUAAGGGGACCGUAUCAAACUCAUCAAAACCCACUCACUGACCGCCUCAAAAUUUGCAGACCACGCAACGGAGGCAAGUACUGUGUGGGGCAACGCGAGCGCUACCGUUCGUGCAACACGCAGGAAUGCGCGUGGGACACACAGCCGUACCGCGAGCUCCAAUGCACCGAGUUCAACAACAAGGACAUUGGGAUUCAGGGCGUCGCGUCGACCAACACGCAGUGGGUGCCAAAGUACGCGAAUGUGGCGGCGAACGAGCGCUGCAAACUCUACUGCCGCCUGUCCGGUUCGGCGGCGUUCUACCUGCUCCGCGAUAAGGUCGUCGACGGAACGCCGUGCGAUCGCAACGGCGACGACAUUUGUGUGGCGGGCGCGUGCAUGCCGGCCGGCUGCGAUCACCAACUUCACUCGUCGCUCCGACGCGACAAGUGCGGCGUGUGCGGCGGCGACGAUUCGUCGUGUCAGGUGGUGAAGGGACACUUCAACGAGCAGGGCACGUUCGGCUACAACGAGGUUAUGAAGAUUCCGGCCGGCUCGGCGAACAUUGACAUCCGCCAAAAGGGCUAUAACAAUAUGAAGGAGGACGACAACUAUUUAUGUGAGUUUUUUAGAAAAUUGGUCCUAGCGCAAAGUCGCUAUCUUUUCCAGCCCUCCGCGCCGCGAACGGAGAAUUCCUGCUCAACGGACACUUCCAAGUCUCGCUCGCCCGUCAACAGAUCGCCUUCCAGGACGUGGUGCUCGAGUACUCGGGCUCCGACGCGAUCGUCGAGCGCAUCAAUGGCACCGGCCCGAUCCGCAGCGACAUUUACGUGCACGUCUUGUCGGUCGGCAGUCAUCCGCCCGACAUCUCGUACGAGUACAUGACUGCAGCAGUGCCCAACGCCGUCAUCCGGCCCAUCACCAGUGUGCUCUACCUUUGGCGAUUGACGGACGGCUGGUCCGAGUGUGAUCGCGCGUGUCGUGGCGCUCAGACGCAAAAGUUGGUGUGUAUGGACGUGAACAAUCAGCGGCAAGGGCACGAGAGGAACUGUCAGCACGUGGUGAAGCCGAAACAACCGACGCGGAUGUGUAACAUCGAUUGCUCGACGAGAUGGAUGACCGAAGACACGUCGAGCUGCAGCGCCAAGUGUGGAGCCGGGCAGAAGCGUCAACGCGCGAGCUGUGUGAAGAUGGAGGGCGAGCGUCAGACGCCCGUCUCCGAACACCUCUGCGAUCGGAACACGAAGCCCGCCGAGCUCACCUCCUGCUACAUCGACUGCUCGGGCCGACGCUGGAGCUACAGCGACUGGACCGCGUGCUCCGAGACGUGUGGCUCGAGCGGAAAGAUGCACAGAAACGCGUUCUGUACGGACGGAUCGAAUCGACGCGUCGAAGAGUCGUUGUGCGGUCGCGAGAUGAAAGAGGCGACGGAGCGCGAGUGCAAUCGGAUCCCGUGCCCGCGCUGGGUGUACGGUCACUGGUCCGAGUGCUCGAGAAGCUGUGACGGCGGAGUUCGGAUGCGUCACGCACAGUGUCUCGACGCUGCCGACCGCGAAACGCACUCGACGCGAUGCGGUCAGGCGCACACUCACGAAGCGUGCAACGAGAAUGUGUGUACGUGGUGGACGUUCGGACCCUGGUCCGAUUGUUCGGCCAAGUGCGGCGACGGCAUUCAGUACAGAGACGCGAAUUGUACGGAUCGUCACGGAAACCAUCAUCUCGGCGACCACCGAUGCCACAAGUCGGAGCGGAUCGUCACGAAGCCGUGCCAUCGCGACGCGUGUCCCAAGUACAAGCUCGGCGAGUGGUCCCAAUGCUCAGUGUCGUGUGAGGACGGCUGGAGUUCGCGUCGAGUGUCGUGUGUUUCUGGAAAUGGCUCAGAGGUCGAGAUGGCAUUGUGUGGACCGGUCACAGAUCGGCCCGCUUCGCAUCAGACGUGCAACCUCGGAACUUGUCCAUUCUGGAGGACCAGCGAUUGGGGAGCGGUAUAGGGUUUUCGGCAACUUUUCUCUAAUCCGCGCGCGUUUUUCAGUGUUCGGUCUCGUGCGGAAACGGUCAUCGCGAGCGCUCCAUCGAGUGCAUCUACCGGGACCAGUCGGUCGACGCGAGUUUCUGCGGUGACACGAAAAUGCCGGAGACGCGUCAGGCGUGCCAUCUCCUGCCGUGCACCUCGUGGAAAUCGACGCACUGGAGUCCGUGCUCGGUCACGUGUGGAUCGGGCGCGCAGACGAGAAGUGUGUCGUGUAUUCGGGGAGCCGAGGCGGCCGUCGUCGACGACUAUUUCUGUGAUCGGGUAAGCGUCAUGAAUUCCUUCUAAUUCGCCGCAAUUCUUCAGAAUACCCGGCCGCGCGAGAAGAAAACAUGCGAGAAAGAUGCGUGCGGUGAGCGACGAGUUCUCAGCAAGCUGCAGGCGGACGUGCCGCCCAUCCGCUGGGCCACCGGACCCUGGACCGCUUGCUCGGCUACUUGCGGCAACGGAACGCAACGCCGACUGCUCAAAUGCCGCGAUCACGUUCGCGAUCUGCCCGACGAGUACUGCAAACACGUCGAGAAGGAGGCGUCGAGCCGGAGCUGUCGUCUGCGCGACUGUUCGUACUGGAAGAGCGGCGAGUGGGAGGAGUGCCCGGCGACGUGCGGAACCCACGUCCAGCAGAGCCGCAACGUGGCGUGUGUCAGCGCGGAAGACGGUGGAGCGACGACGCUUCGUGACACGGAUUGUGAUGUGCAGAGGCGACCGACGAGCACGAGAAACUGUCGGCUCGAGCCGUGUCCGAAAGGAGAAGAGCAUCUCGGAUCGUGGAUUAUUGGCGAUUGGUCCAAGGUCGGUUGGCGCGCCACGUGUCGUCGCCUAGAAAACUGCUCGAAUUUCAGUGCUCUGCGUCGUGCGGCGGCGGCUGGCGACGUCGAAGUGUGUCGUGCACGUCGGCCUCGUGUGACGAGACGCGCAAACCCAAAAUGUUCGACAAGUGCAACGAAGAGCCGUGCCCGCCGCUCACCAACAACUCGUGGCAGAUCUCGCCGUGGACUCAUGUAAGUUUUGAAUUAUUCUACAGCGAACACGCUCCUUCUUCAGUGCUCCGUCACGUGCGGCGGCGGUGUCCAACGUCGUCGGAUCUGGUGCGAAGACGUGUUGUCCGGCCGCAAACAGGAGGACACCGAGUGCGCGGAGAGCAAGCCGCGCGAGCAACGCGACUGCGAAAUGCCGCCGUGCCGUCCACGCGUCACCUUCACGCGCAAUUCGUCGACGAGCGGCGCUUCUUCUUCCUCUUCCUCUUCUUCUUCUUCUUCCGCCUCUUCUUCCGCUUCUUCGCUUCCUUCUGUCCUUCCUGUCGUCUCCUGGCAAACGUCGGCGUGGAGCGCGGUACGUAAUAACAACCAUCAUCAGUAUCAUGAGCCCCGAUCCACUCUUCCUCCUGUCACGUCUUCCGGACGUCGUCGGGGUCGACGUCCGAAACGUCCGCGGGCCUACUACCGUAACCAAUAUUAUCACUAUCAAGUUAAUAAGGUUUAGGCUCUCGCCCCCCCCCCCCGCUUAUAGUUAUUGUUGUGCCACCGUUUUGUCCAUGUCCGUUUAUGUCCACUAUUAUAGGUUCAAAAAUUGUGUGUGUCCCUCUUUGUACCCUUCAUGUACCUUUAAAAAACGCCAAACGGGUCGUGGGAUCCGAUCCAAUCGAUCCCGCGAACAAACAAAAAUUUCGCAAUUCUUUUUUUCACUUUUUUGUCGUCGUCGUCGUCGCACUCAUCAACCCCAGUUUUCUUUCUCAAAAGAAUGCCAGAUUUCAGUUGUCUCCUCUCUUUUUUUCUCUCUCUCUCUCUCUCUACUUUUCUGAUCUUUGCCAAUGUCUCUCGCUCUGCUCUUCACACAAGUCACACACACACCAACACUGAAAAUCAAUCAAUAAAUGUAUGUUAUAUGGCUGCUGCUUUUGUUUGUGUUGUGUCCUGUUUGCAUGCCAACACCACCACCAACACCGUUGUUGCUAGAGGAGAAGCGCACGCACGCUACUUUUUGUUGUCUAGGUGAGCACUUGUCGUUGGGAUUACGGUACUACAAGAAGACCCCCAGACCCCCCUCCCUCACUCCCUUCACCACUUUUAAAAAUGUGCUGUCCGAGUAAUCCCCUCCGUUAACAAAAAGUUUCAGUGUUCCGCAAAAUGCGGUCGAGGAAUGAAGCGGCGAGUCGUCGAGUGCGUCAACACUGCGCUCAAUGUGACGGUGGCGAGCACGAGAUGCGAUCAGGCGGCGAAGCCGGUCGACGAGAUCCGAUGCAGAACGUCGCAUUGUCCGCGAUGGAAGUCGAGCGGAUGGAGCGCGGUACGUUUUGUAAUGACAGAAAUAAACAGCACGUGUUGUUGCAGGGGAGUUGAUAAAAUUGACAAAACUGAACCGUCGUUUCAUUUCUUUCUCCCACGGCGACCAAAAACGUAGAAAGGGGCGUGGCCUAACGCGUGCACGGUUUUGACACCAUUUUGGCGCAAAAUUCGACAUUUAACCCCAUUUUUCAUGUUUUUCGUUCAAAAAUUACCCAAAUUUUGGACGAUUUCGACGACGAUGUAAUUGCAUAACUUUGUUAAUAAACUAAUCAUCGCGCACUUUUUGAGCUUAAAACGAGCAGAUUUCAUUCAGAAAUUCAAUCAAUUGAAUCGAUUUUCAAGUUUAGUGCUGAAAAUGCGCGAAUUUCAGUCAUUCGCCGAUACUUUUUGCCGUUUGAACGCUUAAAAUACUUGUAUUAACGUGCUUAAUCACUUCCGACACUCACUUUGUCUCAAAACUAUCCAGAUCGGCCGGUAUGAAAAUUCCGAAAUUGCGGCGGAGAGCGUAUUGCGAAAUAUGCCAAAAACGUCUGAAACGCGGCGUUUUCACGAAAAUUUCAAUGUUUUCUCUCCGGGUACCUCUAGGAACUCGAUCGCAAUCUUGUUAGAAAACUUUGCAAUCUAAUACGAACUCGUCUGAAAUAGAAUUUGCUUCAAUUCGAUUGCAAAAUCUUCUAAUUAGACUGCAAUUUUUUCUUAUUAGAUUGCAAUUCAGGAAAAAUAUAUUGUAAACUAAUACGAUUUUACUGGAACUUCAAUUAAAUCUGAUUAGAUUGCAAAAUUGAGCUUCUUCUUAUUAGAUUGCAAUCGAGUUUCCAGAGUACGAUUCAAAUUCGUUGACAAAUAAUUCGUCUCGCGGUUGACACUUUAAAAAAAAACCGGACUAAUGCCGAAAGAACAAAGUUUAGCAGCUGAAAAUUGGCGAAAGCCACUUUCGUGAAACAGUUGGAAUUCAGUUGAAAACGCUGAAAAUUUCUGGAAAAUCAGAGAAAAAAACAAGUGUGGAAAUGCGUCUGUGCAACCACCGCGACGCGCAAAUGCAGACUUUGCACUAUUUGAAAACGGCGCUUAAAAAGUUGAUAAUUUUUGAAAUGCGGGCCCAAAAAUCGCAACUAUGGUUUUGUUCGCCCAACUAAUUGGAGCAUUAGCGGCUUCUCACUCAAAGUACCGUCUGAACUCCCCUAAAAUCGAGCGUUUUCAGUGCUCUGUGACGUGCGGCAAAGGCGUCCGUCGUCGUGAGGUGCACUGUUAUCGUGGACGCAAAAACAUGGUCAACGACACCGAGUGCAACGCGGACACUCGCCUCAACACCGAGGCCAACUGUUUCCCGGUGGCUUGCCCCGAUUAUCAGUGGAACACCACUCCGUGGAGCAAGGUAGGUACUUUUGCGAAAAUCGUUCGCCAAACAAGUCUAGGCUCCGUCGUUCGCGUUCGAAUGGAUAUGGUAAGGUUGACUAGAAGCCUCUAGAAACUUCUUCUCCACAAACCGUCACGUGCUCGUUUUGAGACUCUCCACCCGUUGUUUUUUUUUCUGUUGUUGUUGCAUAUCGUUGUGCGUACCAAAAGCCGUCGAAUUUUCAGUGCAAAGAUGAGUGCGCUCGGGGACAAAAGCAGACUCGUCGCGUCUACUGCAUGAGCAAUUCGGGUAAACGAGCGGCGCCGCGCAUGUGCGAGCCCGCUCUCGCGCCCAUUUCCGUCAAGGAGUGCGACACGAAGAGUUGCCCGUACGAGUGGGUGCCCGGCGAUUGGCAGACGGUCAGUUGCCCAUUUUCUACGCUUCUCUAGUAUGACAAGAUUAGUGCCGGUCCAAUCAGGACCAUGUUUUGAGAAAAGCACAAAUGUAUGUUCUUCCGGGUUUUCAGUGCUCCAAAUCGUGCGGAGAAGGAGUGCAAACACGCGAAGUUCAAUGCCGUCGCAAGCUCGACUACAACUCGUCCAUCCCAAUCUUCUUCAUGCUCGAAGAGGAGCCGGCGGUGCCGAAGGAAAAGUGCGAACUGUUCCCAAGACCGCCAGAGAGUCAGAGUUGCGAGCUGAAUCCGUGCGAUUCCGAGUUCAAAUGGAGCUUCGGACCGUGGGGAGAGGUAUUGGCAGCUGACAAAUUUUGUAAAGAAAUUGAUCGAUGAUACAUUGUAGUGUUCCAAAACGUGCGGUCAAGGUGUGCGUCGUCGUCGCGUCAAAUGCGUCGCUUCGGACGGUCAUCGUGUCGAGCGGGCCAAGUGCACGACGAAGAAGCCGAGAAGGACGCAGUAUUGUUUCGAGAGAAAUUGUAGGCCUACAUAUAUACGGCGCCCUCAUUGAUUCGACCGCCCGACUUUCAGGCCUUCCAGCCACGUGUCAGGAGAUCAAAUCGCUGAACGCGAGCGCCAAGGACGGAAACUACACGAUCCUUCUCGACGGCUUCACAAUUGAAAUCUAUUGUCAUCAGAUGAACACCACCAUUCCGAAAGCCUAUUUGAACCUGAAUCCACAGACCAAUUUCGCGGAGGUGUACGGGAAAAAGUGAGUGUUUGCCGCUUCUUUAAACAACAUUUUCGGUAGCAAUUGAUGUGCUGGGUUUUUUUCUUUCUUAGAGACUAUCGGACUAUUUUUCGUGACAAAAACGUUCUGGAAACUCCGAAAAUGCAUUACAGGCUGAUCUACCCGCACACGUGUCCGUUCAACGGCGAACGCAACGACUCGUGCCUGUGCUCGGAUGCGGGAGACGCGAACGCCGGCCUUACCCGCUUCAACAAAGUGCGCAUCGACUUGCAGAAUCGAAAAAUACACUGUAAGCAGUGGGUUUUAAAGGUGACAACCGCAUUCUCGAUUACAGUGACCGAUUACACGUUCGCGAAGAGUAUGUACGGGGUGUACGUGCCGUUCGCCACGGCCGGCGACUGCUACAGUAUGAAGGAUUGUCCGCAGGGCGAGUUUUCGAUCGAUUUAAAGUCGGUCGGCCUCAAGAUUGUCGACGACUUGAACUGGGAAGAUCAGGGACAUCGGACGACGUCGCGCAUCGAUCGCACUUUUGUGAGUUGUGUUGUGCCCUUUCAAAGUUCAAAGGGACCGGUCGGGAAUGCAAAUUUUCCAGAACAACGCAGUGAUCGAGGGUCGGUGUGGCGGUUAUUGUGGAAAAUGUUCGCCGGAACGCUUCAAAGGCCUGAUUUUCGAGGUGAACACGAAACUUUUGAACCAUCUGAAAGCCGGCGGAUCGAUGGACGACGAUCUGGACGGACACCGUCUCGCCGACGACUUUGGCAGCGGUCUUGUUGAGAAAAAAAUUCGUUGA